GGGGAGGGCGUGGGCGCUUGGGCCUGGCUGCAGGAGGUGAUCAGCCUAGGAACGAGAAGCUUGAAUUUGAGCGGGAAAAGUUCACGACGCUGUGGCAGGACUUUCCCCUCAGGAAAUUGAUGUCUCAUCAAAAUGGAGAUUAAUCAUUUGUAUUUGGGAGCAGCAGAACUGGGGACCAAUUACCUCUCAAGAGUUUUAUAAACCAAUUAUCAUAACUCCUAUUCCAUUGCUCUCAUCCCCAUCUCAACUUCAAACUUGUCUUACCUAUGGCAUUCAGGAGGCAAGUGAAAAAUUUCGUGAAAAAUUACUCAGAUGCUGAAAUAAAAGUCAGAGAAGCAACUUCUAAUGAUCCUUGGGGUCCUUCUAGUUCUCUAAUGUUAGAUAUCAGUGACCUGACUUUCAACACAAUUUCUCUGUCAGAGAUUAUGAGUAUGCUAUGGCAGAGACUCAACGAUCACGGGAAGAACUGGCGCCAUGUAUAUAAAUCCCUUACGCUGAUGGAUUAUCUCAUCAAGAACGGAUCAAAGAAAGUUAUUCAGCAUUGCAGAGAGGGGUUCUGUAACCUUCAAACACUGAAAGAUUUUCAACACAUUGAUGAAGCUGGAAAAGACCAAGGGUAUUAUAUCCGGGAGAAGUCUAAGCAAGUCAUAACAUUGCUGAUGGAUGAACAGUUGCUGCACAGAGAGAGGGAAGUAGCAUGUCGGACAAGACGGCGUACCUCCUACUCUAUGACAUUUCCUAAAAGAUUACCUGGUACAGCUAACUCACCAACAGCAUGUGCUUCUGCCCACACACCAGAAACUCCUGCCUCAGAGAAGAAACAUAAGCUUCUUAAGGUUGCAAGGCUACGUAAUAAAAAAAACACUUCCAAGGCAGGAGUGAGACAAGAGCAGUGCCAAGACACUCAGUUGCCUAGUGGAACCGCGUUGUCCCAGGGAACACAACUGGUCAAGACUAAUGCUUGGAAAUCCACAGAGGACCUGAUGUUAUUUUAUGAGGAUGAGCCAAAGCCACUUUUGCCGACAAUUCCUCCUUCCAUUAUCUCGUCAACUAAAUGGCUGUCAGAAGGGCCAGCAGACGUUUGUAACCUCUGGGACGCAGAUGCUGUGCCUGCUGCCUCAGCAAAGAGCCCAUCUGGGCAGACAAAUGUGAGUUUGGACAAGAAAUCGGACAGUACCAUUACAAAUACUGUAACCGAACACCCUUCGCAAAUGCGUCUAGAAAAGAAGUCAGUUGCAAAAAGUUUUGAAACGUUGACAACCCUACCGUCAUUUCAGUCACCGGAUAAAGAGGAGUUUAUCAGCCUUAAUUUAAGGGUGUCAAAGUCAGAGUCUACUUUCUACAACCAGGCCUCUGUAGAGACACUUUACGUCUCUCCCUCAUUUAAAACAUUUAACCCAGUGAAGGAGAUUCUAAGCGGUAAGGACUUUCAGAAGCCAACCCAGUCCAGCAUUAUUCAAUUGGACGAGGAAAACCUCAAGUCUGUGACCACAUGGGUUUCAACCACUUCUGAAGGAACAUCCUCCUUUUCCACUUUAUCUCUGUCACCUCCUGAUUCAGCCUCUCCAGAAAAAUCUGUUCAUCUCUUACACCCGAUUUUGGCUGGACCUUCCUUCUGGACUCUGUCCCAUCAGCAGUCUUCUGCCUCCUUUAAGGAUAAAGAUAAGAGAGCCAGGGCUCAUCACCCCUUAGCUCCUAGGGGCCUAGUGUCUUCUGAUGAAGAGGAAAAUGACAACCUCUAUCUACUGGAACGUCUUCCAGAUAACUCUGAGUCUGCCAGGAAGCAGACAAGUCCUGCUUCUGGCCAUAAUUGGGCAGAGUUUCCCACUGCAAAUGUAGACCACUUUACCUCUCUGUCCUGUCCGAGUUUUCAGACAACUGAAGGCCUGCCGAAAGAGCCUGAGGGAAACGAUUCCAUUAAAGCUCUCCUUGGAGAGGUGAAAAAUGCCGUAGUCAAACUACAUGAAGACCUGAAUGUGGUGAUACGGGAAAUUCGUGUAAUCAGUAGCCAUCUGGUGAGCAUGAGGGGGAAUAGUCCACAACUAAGCAAAUCUUCACAGCUUCCCCAGUCUUCUGAGGGGACGUUGGAUCACAUCUAA